CAAAAUUUGACGGCUGCUAAAAUCAUUACACCAUUCACUUUUUUGGUAUUUAUCAUCAUUUCAAUCUGUUGUUCCUCAAUCUGUUCUGUUGGUCAAGUUUUGUUGUUGUUGUUGUUGUCGUGCCUGGAAUUUCCUCUGAAGAUAUUUAAAAAAAAAAACAUCAAUCGAAAAAUAAUGGCAGCCAAUCUUCAAAGUGAAAAUUCUAAUCGUGGUAUUCGUUAUUAUGUAUCACAAUAUUGGCAAGAAAAUGGUGAUCCACGUUCAAAUGGUCUGCCAUUGAUACGUGAAGGACCAUGGCCUACAUUGUUUGUUAUUGGUUUAUAUCUAUUUUUUGUAACACGUAUGGGACCAUCAAUGAUGCGUAAACGUGAACCAUAUCAAUUACGAUGGCCAAUGUUAAUCUAUAAUACAUCGAUGGUCAUUAUAAAUGGUUAUUUUCUUAUACAAUCAUUGUAUUGGCUAGAUUUUGGUCGUGAAUUAUUUAAUUUUAAAAUGUUACGUUGGAAUGAAUUAAAAACACCAACAACAAAUGAAGCAAAUGAAUUUAUCUGGUCAUGUUAUCUAUAUUGGUUGACAAAAUUUAUCGAUCUCUUGGAUACUGUAUUUUUUGUAUUAAGAAAAAAAUAUAAUCAAAUUAGUUUAUUACAUGUUUAUCAUCAUUCAGUUGUACCUAUACUUGGUUGGCUUUAUAUUUGGUAUCAUGUUGGCAUACCGGCUAUUUCAUUAUUUUCAUUUCUGAAUUCAGCCGUACAUGUUAUUAUGUAUAGUUAUUAUGCGCUGGCCGCAUUAGGUCCACAAAUACAACGUUAUCUUUGGUGGAAACGUUAUCUAACAAUAUUACAAAUAAUACAAUUCAUUUUAUUAAUAACAUAUGGUAUUAUUGUAUUUAUUGUAUCGGAUUAUCCAUCCGGACCAUUUUGGAUAGCCGCUAGUCAACCGGUUAUAUUUUUUGGUUUCUUUUCACAUUUUUAUGUAAAAUCUUAUUCGAAUAAAAAAUUGGAUUAAAAAUUUGUAUCAUCGUCAUCAACAAACAAACAA